CCUCCAGCGAAAUUUUCACAAACCAUAUCAAACGGUCUUAUCAAUGGCCUUUAAGUUGUGGGAGCGCUUUUCACAGGCGGACAAUGUGUUCCAGGCACUUCGACCGCUAACAUUCAUAUCGCUAUUGGGCCUGGCUCCAUUUCGUUUGAAUUUGAAUCCUCGCAAGGAGGUGCAAACAUCGAAGUUCUCCUUCUUUGCCGGCAUAGUGCACUUCCUGUUCUUCGUCCUGUGUUUUGGUAUCUCCGUAAAGGAGGGAGAUUCCAUAAUAGGGUACUUCUUUCAGACCAAUAUCACCAGAUUCAGCGAUGGAACCCUACGCCUGACUGGCAUCCUGGCCAUGUCCACUAUUUUUGGCUUUGCCAUGUUCAAGAGACAACGUUUGGUCAGCAUAAUACAGAACAACAUAGUGGUGGACGAGAUAUUUGUGAGGCUGGGCAUGAAGUUGGACUACCGCAGGAUACUGUUGUCCAGCUUUCUCAUAUCCUUGGGCAUGCUGCUGUUCAACGUCAUUUACUUGUGUGUGAGCUACAGCCUGCUGGUCAGUGCCACCAUAUCGCCCUCAUUUGUGACUUUCACAACCUUCGCCCUGCCGCACAUCAAUAUCAGCCUGAUGGUCUUCAAGUUUCUUUGCACCACGGACUUGGCCAGGAGCCGGUUUAGUAUGUUAAACGAAAUCCUGCAGGAUAUUUUGGAUGCCCAUAUAGAGCAAUUAAGCGCCUUGGAACUCUCACCCAUGCACUCGGUUGUCAAUCACAGACGCUACUCACAUCGCCUACGAAAUUUGAUUAGUACGCCAAUGAAGCGGUACAGUGUUACCUCCGUCAUACGCCUCAAUCCCGAAUACGCAAUCAAACAGGUGUCCAACAUACACAAUCUGCUCUGCGACAUUUGCCAGACCAUCGAGGAAUACUUCACAUAUCCGCUGCUCGGAAUCAUAGCCAUAUCCUUUCUGUUCAUUCUCUUUGAUGACUUUUACAUUUUGGAAGCCAUUCUGAAUCCCAAACGACUGGAUGUCUUUGAGGCCGAUGAGUUCUUUGCCUUCUUCCUGAUGCAGCUCAUCUGGUAUAUAGUGAUCAUAGUGCUGAUCGUGGAGGGCAGCAGUCGGACUAUUUUGCAUAGCAGCUAUACGGCAGCUAUAGUUCACAAGAUUCUCAAUAUCACCGAUGAUCCAGAACUCAGAGAUCGACUUUUCCGUCUGUCCUUGCAGCUGUCGCAUCGGAAGGUCCUUUUCACAGCCGCAGGACUUUUUCGUCUGGAUCGCACACUGAUUUUUACGAUUACUGGUGCUGCCACGUGCUACCUCAUUAUCCUAAUUCAGUUUCGAUUCACACAUCACAUGGACGACACCAGCUCCAAUUCAACAAAUAAUUUACAUUCCAUUCAUCUCGGCGAUUGAUUAAAAUUAUAUAUACACAUU